AUGCCGAAGCCACAAGUACAAGAGGGCGAGGACCCCGAUCCAACCCCAUACCUGUUCGUCUCAUUGGAACAGAAACGUAUCGACCAAAGCAAGCCCUACGAUGGUAAAAAAGCUUGCUGGGUACCUGACGAGAAGGAGGGCUUCGUGCAAGGUGAAAUUAAGGCCACCAAGGGCGACCUGGUGACCGUCAGCCUUCCCGGAGGCGAGGAAAAGACACUUAAAAAGGAUCUAAUUGCACAAGUCAACCCGCCGAAAUUCGAGAAAGUCGAGGACAUGGCUGACUUGACUUAUCUUAACGAUGCCGCUGUGCUUCACAAUCUUCGACAACGAUACUAUGCAAAACUAAUCUAUACCAAAGACUUCAAGAAGGAUCUUGUUGCUCAAGUCAACCCGCCUAAGUACGAGAAAUGCGAGGAUAUGUCCAACUUGACAUACCUCAACGACGCUUCGGUUUUGUAUAACUUGAAGCAGAGAUAUUACCAUAAGCUUAUUUACACAUACUCGGGGCUCUUCUGUGUGGCUAUCAACCCCUACAAGAGAUACCCCGUGUACACGACCCGAUGCGCCAAGCUUUACCGAGGCAAGCGUCGCUCGGAAGUGCCGCCUCACAUUUUCGCCAUUUCCGAUGGCGCUUACGUCAACAUGUUGACCAACCACGAGAAUCAAUCUAUGUUGAUUACCGGUGAGUCUGGUGCCGGAAAGACUGAGAACACGAAGAAGGUAAUUGCGUACUUCGCCACCGUCGGUGCGUCGCAAAAGAAGGACCCGUCUCAGGAGAAGAAGGGAUCCCUGGAAGACCAGGUCGUCCAAACUAACCCCGUACUUGAAGCUUUCGGUAACGCCAAGACCGUCCGUAACGACAACUCUUCCCGAUUCGGUAAAUUCAUCCGUAUCCACUUCGGACCUUCUGGUAAACUGGCUGGUGCUGAUAUCGAGACCUAUCUGCUCGAAAAGGCUCGUGUCAUCUCCCAACAAGCCCUGGAACGUUCUUACCACAUCUUCUACCAGAUGAUGUCUGGCUCCGUUCCUGGACUAAAGGAGAUCUGCUUAUUAUCCAACAACGUCAUGGAUUACCACAUCGUAUCUCAAGGCAAGACUAUUAUCCCUGGCGUUGAUGAUGGCGAGGAAAUGAAGCUUACCGACCAAGCCUUCGACAUUCUGGGCUUCACCCAAGAAGAGAAGGACAACGUAUACAAGAUCACCGCCGCCGUCAUGCACAUGGGUUGCAUGAAGUUCAAGCAGAGGGGUCGUGAAGAACAGGCUGAGGCUGACGGAACCGAGGAUGGUGAAAAAGUUGCCAAGCUCCUUGGUGUGGACUGCCAGGACUUGUACAAAAACUUGUUGAAGCCCCGCAUCAAGGUCGGAAACGAGUUCGUGACCCAGGGUCGUAACAAGGACCAGGUCACCAACUCCGUCGGCGCUCUCUGUAAGGGUGUCUUCGACCGUCUGUUCAAGUGGCUCGUUAAGAAAUGUAACGAGACUCUUGACACCAAGCAGAAGAGGCAGCACUUCAUUGGUGUACUGGAUAUUGCUGGUUUCGAGAUCUUCGACUUCAAUGGGUUCGAACAACUUUGUAUUAACUUCACAAACGAGAAACUACAACAAUUCUUCAACCACCACAUGUUUGUGUUGGAGCAAGAGGAGUAUACAAGAGAGGGAAUUCAUUGGGAGUUCAUUGACUUUGGAAUGGACUUAUUGGCCUGCAUUGACCUUAUUGAAAAGUACAACGGUUUCGAGCAACUCUGCAUUAACUUCACAAACGAAAAGCUCCAGCAAUUCUUUAAUCACCACAUGUUCGUGCUCGAACAAGAAGAGUACAAGAAAGAGGGUAUCAACUGGGCCUUCAUCGAUUUUGGAAUGGACUUGCUAGCUUGUAUCGAUCUUAUUGAAAAGUUCAACGGUUUUGAACAACUCUGCAUUAAUUUCACGAACGAGAAACUCCAGCAGUUUUUUAACCAUCACAUGUUCGUACUGGAGCAAGAAGAAUACCAGCGCGAAGGCAUCGAGUGGACUUUCAUUGAUUUUGGCAUGGACCUUCAAAAUUGUAUAGACCUUAUUGAAAAGCCUAUGGGUAUCCUUUCCAUUCUUGAGGAAGAGUCUAUGUUCCCCAAAGCCACUGACCAAACCUUCGUUGAGAAGUUGAUGAACAACCACUUGGGCAAAUCUGCUCCUUUCCUGAAGCCUAAACCUCCCAAGCCAGGUUGCCAGCCCGCUCACUUCGCCAUCGGCCAUUAUGCUGGAAAUGUCGGUUACAACAUCACCGGUUGGCUUGAGAAGAACAAGGACCCUCUUAACGACACCGUUGUCGACCAGUUCAAGAAGGGCGCUAACAAACUGUUGGUUGAGAUCUUUGCUGACCAUCCUGGCCAGUCUGGUGAUGGCGGUGCUGGUGGUGGUGGCAAGGGCGCUGGAGGCAAGCGCGCCAAGGGUUCUGCCUUCCAGACUGUGUCAUCACUCUACAGGGUAAACUUGAAUAUAAUAUUCGAGGUUUGCUUCUGUCUUCAAUGUAGCUUCACUGUUCUCGUCUACAAUACGCUUAGGGCUAGUUUCUUCUGCAUGCAUCGUCAUUGCCGCGGCGGUCGCGGUAAGAAGGGUGGUGGUUUCGCAACUGUCUCCUCCGCAUACAGGGAACAACUUAAUAACUUGAUGGCAACGCUGAGAUCAACCCAACCUCACUUCGUGCGUUGUAUCAUUCCUAAUGAAUUGAAACAGGCUGGUCUCAUCGACUCUCAUCUUGUGAUGCACCAGCUCACCUGUAACGGUGUGCUUGAAGGCAUCCGUAUUUGCCGUAAAGGUUUCCCCAACAGGAUGGUUUACCCUGACUUCAAGCUUCGUUACAAGAUCCUGGCCCCUCAAGCAGCAGACAAGGAAACCGAUCCUAAGAAAAUCGCUCAAGUGAUCCUGGACGCCACGGGUUUGGAUCCCGAAUCGUACCGUCUCGGUCAUACAAAGGUAUUCUUCCGCGCUGGUGUCCUGGGUCAGAUGGAAGAACUGCGUGAUGACAGGUUGGGCAAGAUUGUAUCAUGGAUGCAGGCCUACAUCCGUGGUUACUUGUCUCGUAAAGAGUACAAGAAGCUGCAGGAACAAAGGAUUGCCCUUCAAGUUGUCCAGCGCAACUUGCGCAAGUACUUGCAGCUCCGUACCUGGCCCUGGUGGAAACUGUGGCAGAAGGUCAAGCCUCUCCUCAACGUCACUCGUAUCGAGGAUGAAAUGGCGAAACUGGAGGAGAAAGCACAGAAGGCUCAGGAAGCCUUCGAGAAGGAAGAGAAACUUCGUAAGGAGGUCGAGGCCCUCAAUGCUAAGUUGCUCGAGGAGAAGACUGCUCUGUUGGCUACACUCGAGGGAGAGAAGGGCUCGCUAUCUGAAAUUCAGGAGCGUGCUAACAAGCUCCAGGCACAAAAGGCCGACCUCGAGAACCAACUUAGGGAUACCCAAGAUCGCCUUACUCAAGAAGAAGAUGCCCGCAACCAACUCUUCCAAGCCAAGAAGAAAUUGGAGCAGGAACUUUCUGGCCUUAAGAAGGACAUUGAGGAUCUCGAGUUGUCCGUCCAGAAGUCUGAACAAGACAAAGCCACUAAGGACCACCAGAUCCGCAACUUAAAUGAUGAAAUCGCCCACCAAGAUGAGCUCAUCAACAAGUUGAACAAGGAGAAGAAAAUGCAGGGUGAGACGAACCAGAAGACUGCUGAGGAGCUUCAGGCCGCUGAGGACAAGGUCAACCACCUCAACAAGGUUAAGCAGAAGCUUGAGCAGACCCUUGACGAGCUCGAGGACUCUUUGGAACGCGAAAAGAAACUGCGCGCCGAUGUUGAGAAGCAGAGGAGGAAGGUUGAGGGUGACCUCAAGCUUACUCAAGAAGCUGUUACCGACCUCGAGCGCAACAAGAAAGAGCUCGAACAAACCAUCCAGCGCAAGGAUAAGGAAAUUUCCUCUCUUACUGCCAAGCUUGAAGACGAACAAUCACUGGUCAGCAAACUCCAGAAACAGAUCAAGGAGUUGCAGGCCCGUAUUGAAGAGCUGGAAGAGGAAGUCGAAUCCGAACGCCAGGCUCGUGCAAAGGCUGAGAAACAGCGUGCCGACCUCGCUCGUGAGCUUGAGGAGCUUGGUGAGCGUUUGGAAGAGGCCGGUGGUGCCACAUCUGCUCAGAUUGAGCUUAACAAAAAGCGUGAGGCUGAGCUCAGCAAGUUGCGCCGUGAUCUUGAGGAGGCUAACAUCCAACACGAGGCUACCCUUGCCAACCUUCGCAAGAAGCACAAUGAUGCUGUUGCUGAGAUGGGCGAGCAACUCGACCAGCUCAACAAGCUUAAAGCUAAGGCUGAGAAAGAGCGCUCUCAAUACUUUAGCGAAGUCAAUGACCUUCGUGCGGGUCUCGACCACUUGGCCAACGAAAAGGCUGCCCAAGAGAAGAUCGUCAAGCAACUUCAGCACCAGCUUAACGAAGUCCAGAACAAGGCUGACGAGGCCAACCGUACCCUCAACGACCUGGAUGCCGCCAAGAAGAAGUUGUCUAUUGAGAACUCCGACCUUCUCCGCCAGUUGGAGGAGGCUGAGUCACAGGUGUCGCAGCUAUCCAAGAUCAAGGUGUCGCUCACCACUCAGCUUGAAGACACUAAGAGGCUCGCCGACGAGGAGGCCAGGGAACGCGCUACUCUACUUGGCAAGUUCCGCAACUUGGAACAUGACUUGGACAACAUCCGUGAGCAAGUCGAAGAGGAAGCCGAAGGCAAGGCUGAUCUGCAGAGACAGCUUUCCAAGGCUAACGCUGAGGCUCAGCUAUGGCGUUCCAAGUACGAGUCCGAAGGUGUUGCUCGCUCUGAAGAGCUCGAAGAGGCCAAGCGUAAGCUCCAGGCUCGCCUUGCCGAGGCUGAGGAGACUAUCGAAUCCCUCAACCAGAAGGUCGUUGCCCUCGAAAAGACCAAGCAGCGCCUUGCCACCGAAGUCGAGGACUUGCAACUCGAGGUUGACCGCGCUACUGCCAUCGCUAACGCCGCUGAGAAGAAACAGAAGGCCUUCGACAAAAUUAUCGGUGAAUGGAAACUCAAGGUUGACGACCUUGCUGCUGAACUCGAUGCCAGCCAGAAGGAAUGCCGCAACUACUCCACUGAGUUGUUCCGUCUCAAGGGUGCCUACGAAGAAGGCCAAGAGCAACUUGAGGCCGUCCGCCGUGAGAACAAGAACCUCGCUGAUGAAGUUAAGGACUUGCUUGACCAAAUUGGCGAAGGUGGCCGCAACAUUCACGAAAUUGAGAAGGCCAGGAAGCGCCUGGAAGCCGAAAAAGACGAACUCCAGGCUGCUCUUGAAGAGGCUGAGGCCGCUCUCGAACAAGAGGAGAACAAGGUUCUGCGUGCUCAGCUCGAACUCUCUCAGGUCAGACAGGAGAUUGACAGGAGGAUCCAGGAGAAGGAAGAGGAAUUCGAAAACACCCGCAAGAACCACCAACGUGCCCUUGACUCCAUGCAAGCUUCCCUCGAAGCUGAGGCUAAGGGUAAGGCUGAGGCCUUGCGCAUGAAGAAGAAGCUCGAGGCUGACAUCAACGAACUUGAAAUCGCCCUUGACCACGCCAACAAAGCUAACGCUGAAGCACAGAAGAACAUUAAGCGCUACCAACAACAGAUCAAGGAUCUGCAGACCGCUCUUGAAGAAGAACAGCGUGCUCGUGAUGAUGCCCGUGAACAACUCGGCAUCUCUGAGCGUCGUGCUAACGCUCUUCAGAACGAGCUCGAAGAGUCCAGAACACUCCUGGAACAGGCCGACCGUGCCCGUCGCCAGGCAGAACAAGAACUUAGCGAUGCUCACGAACAGCUUAACGAACUGUCCGCCCAGAGCGCUUCUCUCUCUGCUGCUAAGAGGAAACUCGAGUCCGAACUUCAAACCCUGCACUCUGACCUGGAUGAGCUCCUCAACGAAGCUAAGAACUCUGAGGAGAAGGCUAAGAAGGCUAUGGUUGAUGCUGCCAGGCUCGCCGAUGAACUCCGUGCUGAACAAGAACACGCCCAAACUCAAGAGAAACUCCGCAAGGCACUUGAACAACAGAUCAAGGAACUGCAGGUCAGGCUUGAUGAGGCUGAGGCUAACGCACUCAAAGGAGGCAAGAAGGCCAUCCAAAAACUCGAACAGAGGGUCCGAGAACUCGAGAACGAACUGGACGGUGAACAGAGAAGACACGCUGACGCACAAAAGAACCUUCGCAAGAGUGAGAGGCGUAUCAAGGAGCUUUCCUUCCAGGCUGAGGAAGACCGCAAGAACCACGAGCGUAUGCAAGACCUCGUCGACAAACUGCAACAGAAGAUCAAGACUUACAAGAGGCAGAUUGAGGAGGCAGAAGAAAUCGCCGCUCUCAACUUGGCUAAAUUCCGCAAAGCUCAACAGGAGUUGGAAGAGGCUGAGGAAAGGGCAGACCUCGCUGAGCAGGCUAUUAGCAAAUUCCGUGGCAAGGGACGCGCAGGAUCUACUGCGAGAGGAGUCAGCCCGGCGCCCCAACGUUCGCGCCCCGGCUUCGACGGUUUCGGCACCUUCCCACCAAGGUUCGAUCUGGCGCCCGAAGAGUUCUAA